AUGGAACAGCAGGAACCCCCAAGUGAUGCGGAAAGUGUACUCGAUGAGAAUGUAUUUUAUUUCGAAAGUGACCAUCUGGCACUGCGCGGAAAUCGUGACUAUACCAACAUGCUGAGGACAAUAGCUAUUUUGGAAGCACAACGGGUACGAGUACACCAGCAACUGGAAGAAUUGGCAUUGGCCAAGAAACGUUAUAUGGAUGAUCCCGAAUUAUUUCUCAAGAAGAUACAAAAUGGUGAACCCAUAGUGGCGGCGGAACAUCUGACAAUAGCCACGUUACCCGAAAUUGGAAAAUACGAGGAUAUGCCACCCAACGAUGUAAAGAUAAAAGAAGAACCCAACACAAGUUCCAGUGAUACCAUAAAAUCGGAAUUUCCCAUUGUACGUGGCCGGGUUAUGGAUGAAACAAAACCGGAAACCUAUAAUCAACUAUGGACAGUGGAAGAACAAAAACGUUUAGAAGAAUUACUCAUUGAAUAUCCCGAAGAGCGGGUGGAAAUGCAUCGUUUUACAAAAAUUGCCAAAGCCUUGGGAAAUCGAACGCCACAACAAGUCUCAAGUAGAGUACAGAAAUAUUUUCAAAAAUUACACAGUGCUGGUAUGCCCAUACCCGGUAGAAUUCCCAAAAAUCGUCGUGUCGGCCAAUCUAAAUCUAAACACUAUUAUCGGCCAUCGACAUUUUUUCCAUCACACAAUGUUCCCGUGCACAUGUCUGAAGAUGAUUUUUUGUUUAGUGAUUUAAAUUCACCCUCCACCAGUGUCACUUCACAAGAACGUAAUACACAUUUAGAUUCCACCGAGACGUCACAUGAAGUAAAGAAAGAACCAUUAACACCCGAGAUGAGACAACAAAUGGUUAGCAUGUUGGAAACAAUAAAACAGGAAAAACUUUCUACAACCGAGGGAUAUAGUCCGGAUCCGUUGUCGGCAAAAUGUGAAACGUGUGAAACAGCUGCAGUGGCACGGUCCGGUUGGCGUUGCAACACCUGCUAUUGUCCCUUGAAUUUGUGUAACGAUUGUCUUAUACAUCAACUUGUCGAACAUCAAUUUGAACAUUAUUCCCAUGAUGUGGUGGCCGAGACAAAAGUAUGA